GUAGCUAAACUUGUUAGUGAAGUGGAAGCAGUAGAUGAGAUUAGAGAAGAACUAGUAGAUGGAAUUAGGCAGUGUGAGGCAGAACAACGAAUGGAGGAAGGCUUUACCAUAACAAAAAAAGCUAUGAGUAGGCGACAGUCGGCACCAACUGGAACACCCAGCUGUAAGGAAUCAUCAUCAAAACAGCGUAGGCAGGAGACGAUAAAGGCAGCUUGUGCAAUCCAUGGGGGUAGUUUAGAUGAUACGGCACCGGCAACGAUCGGAAUGGUUGAGACAUUGGAGAAGAAAUGUAAGGAAAAGGAUGUAUUGGCAGCAAUGGGAAAGUGCAGGAAGGUUAGGGACAAGGUUUUACCGAAAAUUUAUAAAGAAGAUCUUGUACAAUUCGAGAGCUCAAAUGAAAAUAUGCUUAGGUCAAUUGCUGUUUAUUAUAGUAGUGGGAUUAUGGGAAGGGAUAAGUAUCGAUCUGUUUAUAAAGCUAGUUUGUAUAGGCAGGUUUCAAAGAAGAAGCAAGCUGUGCGUAUAAAGGUUGCAAACUGCCCUACCCCAAAACUUGUUCCUUACCAUAGGUUGAUGUCAUAUAUUAAGUCGAUUGAGGUUGGUAAGUUGUACAAUGUUAGGGAAGAGUUAUGUGAUGGACUGGAUGAAAGUGAGAAAGUGAAUGGUUGUUACCGAGAUAUCGAGGAGUUAGUAUUAAAGUUAGCUGAUUUUUAUUUAAAUAGUGAUCAGUACACAGUCCUAACUUUUGAUGAGCCUAACAAGUUCUAUAUUGCUCUAGGAGGUGAUGGUGCUCCAUUUGGAAAGGACGACACUGCCUGCUCAUGGUUGGUUAGUUUCAUAAAUAUAGGGAAAAGUAUUCUUAGCAGCAAUGAGAAUUAUCUGUUAUUUGGUGCAAAUUGCAGUGAAAACUGCUUGCCUGUUGCACGGUUUAUCGCUAAAUUAAUGUCUGACAUUCAGCGUGUAACUAAUACCAUCUAUUCUGUGAUGUGCCAAGGAGAACCUGUACAGGUUAAGUUUGCUAUUGGAGAACUUCCCAACGAUAUGAAGAUGCUUGCAUUUUUAGGAGGAGAACUAUCUAACAGUGCCACUUAUUUUUCUACGUUUGCAGAUGUGAGUAAGAAUGACAUAUGUAAUUUUGAAGGGACGUUUGGUUCUAGGGCAAGUGACACAUGGAAAAGGUGGGAAUACAGCAAGAGGGUUAAAGAUGCUAAAGCGGUUGAGAAAUUUAAGAAAAAACUUAAUCCUAACCUCACAGUAAACACAUUGAGAAGCAAGAUCACUACAUUUAUUGCAAAGCAAAGAAGUCGGCAAGAGUUUGCACCUUUAGUGGGAGAUUUAAUUGACAAAGCGCACAUAGAACCUCUUCAUUUGAAAAAUAAUGCAUGUGCAUUAGCCCAUCGCCUCCUAUUAAAUACUGUAAUUUCAUGGUCUAAACUAACUAUUUUUAGCUUUUCUAAGGUUUCACCAGAUUGUCUUUUUCACAAGUUUGUUGAAAUUUUAAGGACUAAGUGUCAUUUACAAAGGUUGGCAAAGAAGAUUAUCAGGUGGUUCAAUUAA